CGGGGCCUAUUCCAAGCUUUUCUCCGACCUCCUGCUUCAUAAAGCAUCUGAGCGUCUCUCACUCCGUGGAUGUGCUGCUUGGUGCGGUUCCAAUGGAAGAUGGCGGACAGACGCGAACAGACCCACUGCAGCCGGCCGCGAUCGGCACUGUGUGUAUAGCGGAGCUCUGAGAACAACAGGUUGCCUUCCAGCCCCGAACCAGGAGCGCGGAGAUGAAGCUCGGUUAAGGAUCCCAACAUGAGCCAGCGCGCAGCAGGUAGGCAGGCAGGCAUCCAGACGCCGCUGCAGGAGUGUGGCCCCUCUGCACCACUGCCCGCAGACCGUGUGCUUGGUUCUGGAGCCGUGUUAUUCCCUGGUGUGUUCGAUCAGCAUGGCUGCCCUCUGGUUAUAUUCCCUGCAGAUGGCCAGGAUAGACUCUUGGAACUCAGCAAGGCAGAAGUUGUGGACUUCAUAAACUAUUUCCAUGCGCUGUUCAAUAGAAAAUAUGAAAAGCAGAGUUUAGUGUCGGUGGUUGUCGACCUGAGGAAUGCAUCACCACCAACACCCAAGUUCAUUAUGGAGUCCCUGCUGCUGGUCCAGGAGCACAAGCGAACGAUCCACAGCGUCUACCUGAUUCAGCCCAAAAAGAAAGAUGUUGUAAAGCCAUUGUUAAAACUCCUGAAUCUGUCAAUGUCCUGCUCUGCCUCUUUCAAGACUAUCCUCCUGAGAGAAAUCCCAGAGCUGUGGAACUACAUUGACCGGAGCCAGCUACCAGCCUCCCUGGGGGGUUAUUUUCUGUACUGUCACAGAAGCUGGGUUAGCUUUAUUAAGGAGAUUCAUGCCUUUGUUCAGGAGUUCCUGUCUGUGGUACAACGUUUGCCCUCAUGCAUCUCCACGCUGCAGGCUCUGUCCAGGCUGCCGCUGCCCUCCAGCUUCAGCGAGCUCCAAUACUUCUGCUGCACAAAUGAAGCCAAGUUCCUGCAGCUUAGGAGGGAGCUGGGGUUGGACGAACUUUUGAAAACACUGUGA